GUCCUCGUUCAUACUCUGGGGGAAAUUAUAAGCGGUGGUUUGACCAAUCCGCCCAAAGGUAGAUAUUUCAAAGGGAGAUACGGUAGGUGAGUACAUUUUCCGGCCCAAUUAUUGUAGACGUGGCACAGGCGGUGUCGCGGCGGUGCCACAUCUCCCUAAUUGACACCGGGGCGCUGGUGCCACAUCUCCCCCACUUGACACGACCGCUGGUGCCAAAGCGCGAGGCGAAGGUGCUAGGUGUCAAGAGCGAGGGAGAGAGGAGGCGGAGGAGGAGGCGUGACACAAAGCCGUGCUCAACGCCACAGACGCCCGCGGAUCUCCAGUUCGAAAACGGAAAAGGAUGAACUCGAACUCGGAGCCGAACGCGAUGGACAACAUGGACAUGCAGUACACAUUGAUACGAGAGUUGAAACCGGGGAUGAAAAACCUCAAGCUGUUAUUUAUAGUUUUAGAGAUAGGGCGGCCAAAUGUAACCAAAGAGAAUCAUGAAGUACGUUCGUGUAAAGUCGCAGACAAAACUGGUUGCAUUAACAUCUCUGUGUGGGACGAGCCAGGGCAGCUUCUGCAGCCAGGAGACAUAGUCAACUUAUCAAAGGGUUACGUGUCUGUUUUUAAGAACUGUUUAACGUUAUAUGUCGGAAAGGGAGGAGAUCUGCAGAAGGUUAGCGAGUUCUGUAUGCAGUUUUGUGAGCAGCCUAACAUGUCAGAACCCAAUCCAGAGCUGGUUGCCCCUAACAAACCACUGGUCGGAGGUGGUGGCGGUGGUAGCACAGGAGGAGGGGGAGGGGGUGGUGGUGGUAGUGGUGGUGGUGGUGGUGGUGGUGGUGGUGGUAGUGGUGGUGACCCUGGAGUGGGUGGACCAAGAGGACCUGGGUCUCAAGGGGGCUCAGGCCACCAGGGUGGAACUCCCCUUUCAGAAUCCUUGCGGGACCCCAGGCUACAGAAACCAAACACAAAUGGAGGGAACAUGGACCCCAGAGCAGGGAAGGCUGGGAUAGGAAACAUGUCAGCCUCCAAUGGGCACGCACAUCACAAUAGCAGUGGGCGUCAUGGGGGAAACUCUGGGGGCUCCACAACUAGUAAAAAUCGUAAUCAUGUUUCAUCCAAUAGACAGUCUGCCAAGAGGUAAUGAUGUCGGAUGCAUUAGGAUGUUAAAUGUGGAUCUGCAGAGAGAAAGUGAGAGUGAUAGAAAGGUAGAAGGAAUAAAAAGAUCAUUAAUAUAAGCAUUGUACAUUUUUUUAACAGAGAGAUAAUGUAAAGCAUAAUAUAUUAUUGCAGGGGUUCAUAUCUUGUGAAUUUGAAUGGUAUGAACAUCUCUCCUUUGCAUGUCUGAGUGAAUGGCUGAACACUUUCCGCUCCGUAAUGGACACGGUGCAAAGUAUUGUACUUUAGUGUUUGUACAGUAGUGUUGUGUGAAAGAAGAAGGAUAAGUGGAAAGUCUGAGCAGAAAAGUGAUAUGCUUCCAAAUAGCACCCUAAAAUCAAGGAUAUGUAUGCGAGUGUUUUCACGUUUACACAGUGCUUUCACCCUUCAUGACAUUUGUGGUUGUUGGUGAUGUAAAAUAUAUAUGAAACCUUGUCCCUGCAUUGGAUUCACAUCUGAGGUCUACAAUACAUAGUACUCCUUAUAGAAAAGAAAACUUCUGUCUUUGGCACAGAGAGGAUGAGAAAUUGUAGGUUGUGUGUAAUGCCUUUUUAUUAUUAUUAUUUUUUAUUUUUUUUUUUUUUUUUUUAUUUUAGUCGUUGGAUUAUUUAAGUGGAAUUUACCUCUGGGUUUGAUCAUUAGAAUAUGAGACCUGGUAUGGAAACCAAGUGAUAUUAUCUUAAUAGUUUAUCCUUUAAGUCAAAGAUUGUCACAUCAAAUGUCUUACACGUUGUGGUAACGAGUCCUUUUUAACUUUUAAAAUUAUUUAGAAUGGUUGAAACUGCUCUGCCUUUGGCACUUGAUAUUAGUAGUAUAAGUAAUGUUGAAAUUGCAAAUGACAACGAUGGCCAUAUUGAUGAUGAUGAACAUUUCCCUUUUUAAAUAAAAGUUUCAGAUCAAUUUCUUUUGUAGAGUUGUGCUCCUGCUUGUCCAUUUUUUUUAAUUUACACACAUACUAGACUAGCUUAAAGAAAAAAAACAGAUCUGAACAAUUAAAACUCAGCAUGAUCAGUGGGCACGAAUAGAGGGUGUAACAGGUGGUAAACAUUUAUUUAAAAUUUUCAGUUGCGUCAACGUCUAAGGUCAUUAUCGGCACAUUUAAAAUAUAGCAAUAGGGUGGGACUUGGGGGUAAAGCCUCGGGCAAAUUUUUUUUCUUUUUUCUUCUCUCUCUCUCAAGGCAAUAUUUGUGGAUUUCCAGAAUGUUCAAAAUGAACAAAUGUGCUAGACAUUAUAGGUCAUAUAGCACAAUGACAAUGUACUGUGGCAAGAAGGCAUUAUGAUAAAGUAUUGUAGCAAAGAGUAAAUGAGUUAAUGAUUUGGGUAAGUUGACUGAAGAAGGGGAUGAAGAGAAGGAAAAGGAAAGAGAGAGAAGAGAAGAUCCUACAAAAUUAGUUGGUGAGGGCUGAGAUCCAAACAUUGGGUCUUAGUCUCUGCCUCCUAAACCCCCCAAUGGCAGUGAGCAAGGGAUGGUGGGGGGGUAAAAAGUAGUUUCCACGUUCUUUUCCCACCUGUGACAUCACCUUUACAGUUGCCCACUGGUCAUACCUGCCUGUGUGGACAGGCCUUUACGGUCUGUCCAGUAGUUUGUUUAUUCUAUUUUAUUAUUAAAGGAACGUUAUGCCCACUUUUAAUCCUGAAAAUCAAUUCCCUUAUUUAUUCCCUCUCCCUCUCCAUGAUUAGUUCAUAUUAAAUUAUCAUUUGUCUGACAAAGAUUUUGGAGGUACUUUGUCAAACUUCCAGGAAUAUGUGGGUUGGAUGGUUUUACUUUGUUUUGGUUCACAUCCCCUUUACCAUGAUAUACAAAAAAAUAUUUAAAUUCCAAGCCAUGAAAAGUUAUUUGCAGUAAAUUUGUAUAAGGGGGUCUAAAAGGACUGAGCAGUUAAAAUUUCCUGAUAUAUGAACAACUGUCAUUAGCAUAAAUAGGAAUUUAAUUUUUUUUAGCUAUUUAUUAAACAAUUCCCUUAAAUUUUCUUUCCCACCAAGCUAAUAUUUAUAGUAUGAUAUUUACAAUGACAAAAGAAUUGUAGUCUUUAUGGCCAUAUCAUCUGUGAAAGGGUUUCAACUUUUUUUUUGGUGAAUGUUGAAUUGUCCGAUGCAUUUCUACCUCAAGGGAAAGGAAGGAAAUAGAAACUGCCAUUACCAUGUAAAUGUUCUACCCGCCCAUAUUCCAACAGUCCCACAAUGGCAUUCCAUUCAUGAUAUCCAAGUUAUUACAAGUCUGUACCAGGUUUAGAAAUCUACCCUAGUCAACUUUUUUUUUUCUUUUUUUUUUUUUAACUAUUCAGGUUUGUUGCUCCACUGUGUCUUAACCAUUAAUUCCUUUCAUGCAACAUGAGGUAUUUGAAGAAAUUAAAAAUUGUAAAAAGUGAAAAUACAUGUAUAUUUUAAAAAAGUGUUCUUAUCUUUUACCAGUCCUUUGCAGGAGAUCCCUCCCCUCCCUCCCCCUCAUUUGAGAAAUUCUUGGACCAUUUGAAAUUGCAUCAGUAACAUGUCAUUGGGUAUCAAUUUUCAUUACCACAAAAUCUAGCUUCAUUUAACUUUACCUUCCAGUUCAUUUCUUAAUACAGGAUGUUGGAAAGGAAACAAAAUGCUUGUAUUUGUUAUUUAUAUUAUUCAUUUACAUCACCUGUCUGGAAUGACUAAAUAUACUCAUGUCUAGGAAAUUGAAAAGCAAAUACAAAUUUUAAUUCCCCGUGGUUUUGACACCACGGGUGCUACCCUAAUCAAGUCAAUUUAUGCAUAGAUUCUAGUUAUAUCUGUACUUUGGAGAAAAAUUUGCAGCUAUUGGGGGCACGGUAGAGGUUUGUUGCAUUGUUUUUCUUUUGCAGUACUGCUCAUCUGACACUUGUUAAUUGAUAGAAUGUGCAAUUUUUCAAGUGCUGUUAUAAAAAGUGUUGCCAUUAUUUCCCUGACCAUUUCUAUAGAUCAUUUAAUAGCUUGCCACAUGUAUGAAAUAUCCACACAUUUUAUGAAAAAGAAAAAAUGUAUAUGGCAUUUCUGAAAGCAAAAAUAAGCUGGAUUCCCAUGGUGAAGUGCAUGUGGGAAUUUCUUUAUAAAUGGUUAAAUUAUCAGUGGUUGCUUCAGAAGCAUUCAACAUGCUAGUGAUGAUUGAGGAUUUGUACCAACAUAUCCUUACGGUGUCCUACAUAGGUUUGUAUGAAGAGGAUCAUUGUCAAAAGUCUUAUUCUACAAAGAAAAAAAGGAAAAAAAAGA